GUUCAAUUGGUCACAUCAAAUACAUCCAAGAAAAUAAAGAAAAGCAAGAAAGAAGAAGUAAACUGGUAUCCUUAUUAUUAUUGCCAAAAACUAAGUCAUGAAGCCGACUAAUGACACUGACCCAAAAGAUACCGCUUUACAAAACGCCAACCAAGAAACCUCCAAUUAUCACUUCCACCAGAAAAAUCUUUAUAUGUAUUUGUAUUUAGUUUCGAAAUGUAAAAGCAGAGUAAAGACAGACAUUUGAAUCCAACAGUCUUGGAGUCUUCUAAUUUUGUUGGUCUGUUUUUGUGGGUUGCCCUUCUGUUAUCUUCUUACUCAGCUUGUAAAUGCCGUCGAAGAAGAAUUUAUUGGAAUAAACAAAUACUUUUGUUUAAAGAUUUGCUUGUAGUCAGUCAAGAAACAUUUCUCAUUUCUCAUUCAGGUUCAUUUCCUUCUCCUUUCUUCUUCUUUGAAUUCUUGAAAUUUUUGUUCCCUUGUUGAAUUCUUGAAUUAUUUGAUUCUUCUAGUACUCAGAACGCGCUUACUCUAAAUAUAUAGUUAGGUACAUGUAGUAUGUAUGUAUGUUUGUUUUUACAUACGUUGAUUCUCUUGUAAAUUUUUUCUUGAUUGCGUCCUCUUUGAUGUUUCUCUGUUCUUUAACUUCUUCAGUUCUGCAUAUUUUCUCUCUUAAAAUCCUCUAUAGUAUCGAGGUUUUUGCCUAUUGAGUUCUGCAAUUCUUGCUAAUAUUUCACUUUUUAAACACUCCCAAAACUUUGUUAUCCUUGAAUCUCCUUUUCCAAGCUUUUUACCCAGAAAAGAAAUGCAACCAUGCGAGAGCAGAAGCUUCUCUGAAGUUGUAACAGAACUACGAGCUUCAGCAGAAGAGGUAGCAUCACUCUCAAUGAACUCUGAAUCCGACAAAGAAAUAUGUGCUGAAUUUACUGUUUUACUUGAUAAGUUCACACCAAUUCUCAUAGAAUUAAAGGACAAUGAUAAGGUCAUGGAUAGGCCACCAGUUAGACAAGCAGUUAAAUCCCUUGAAAAGGAGCUUAAGCGAGUUAAGAACUUGAUUAAAAGCCCUGGUUCGAGAUCACCCAUUAAGCAAAUGGAGGAAUUGACUCAAGAUCUUGGUAGAUCUCUAGGCCUUGUGUUAUUUGCAAGUACUGAUGUGUCUCCAGAAUUUAAAGAAAAGGUUGCAGCAUUGCACAAAGAAUUGAUGAAUGCCAGAUUUAAUAUCAGGUUAAGUUCAAGUCCUAGUCCUAGUGCAAAUCCUAGUCCAAGACCCAGUCAGGAAUCGGGGUUUGUGAGUGAAAUAGACUCAGAGAGAGAAAUUGAGGAAGAUAUUAUUACGCUCAGUACUGAAGAUGUAGUCUUGCAACUUAAGUAUGGUAAUGAUGAAGAGUUUAGGCUUGCGCUUUGGGGAUUACGUGAUUUUAUCAAGGAUCAAACCAUUGAUAUAGAGUGGGUCAGUGAUGAAGGAGUUAUUCCAAUCUUGUUUAAACGGCUAGGUUCAAGCAAGCCUAACAGUCGGUUGACUAUCAUUCAAAUACUAAGAAGCCUUGCUUCUGAUAAAACUGAAGUCAAGGAACAGAUGGCAGAUGGUGGGUCUUUAUCACUAUUGGUGAAGUCUUUGACUCGAGAUGUGGAUGAAAGGAGGGAAGCCGUAGGAUUGUUGUUGGAACUUUCAGAGGUUUCAGCAGUUCGGCGGCGUAUUGGAAGGAUUCAAGGCUGUAUUCUCAUGCUAGUCACUAUGCUUAAUGGUGAUGACUCGGUUGCUGCUCAUGAUGCAGGAAAGUUGUUGACUGCAUUGUCAAGCAACACUCAGAAUGCACUUCAUAUGGCUGAAGCUGGUUACUUUAAACCUUUAGUGCAUCACCUAAAGGAAGGUUCUGAUAUGAGUAAGAUCCUCAUGGCAACAGCAAUUUCAAGAAUGGAGCUCACAGAUCAAAGUAGAGCUUCUUUGGGUGAAGAUGGGGCAGUUGAAACCCUUGUCAAAAUGUUUAAAGCUGGAAAGCUCGAGUCCAAGUUAUCUGCUUUAAAUGCUUUGCAGAAUUUAGCAAAGUUGACAGAGAAUAUACAACGUCUAAUCAGUUCAGGCAUCAUAGUACCCCUGCUCCAGCUACUAUUCUCCGUCACAUCUGUUCUCAUGACUCUUCGGGAGCCAGCAUCAGCCAUACUUGCAAGAAUUGCUCAAUCGGAGUCUAUUCUGGUUAAUAAAGAUGUGGCUCAGCAGAUGCUUUCACUUUUGAAUCUAAGCAGUCCAGUAAUUCAGUUUCACCUAUUACAAGCACUCAAUAGCAUCGCUUCACAUUCUAGGGCAACUAAAAUAAGAAAAAAGAUGAAAGAAAAUGGUGCAUUCCAACUUCUUGUGCCAUUCCUGACAGAGACUAAUAUCAAAAACAGAAGUGCUGCCUUAAAUUUACUUUACACUCUUUCCAAAGAUUCACCUGAAGAAUUGAUGGAACAGCUCGGAGAAUCACAUCUUAAUAAUAUUGUCAGCAUUGUCGCUUCAUCAAUAUCAGAGAGUGAAAAAGCUGCUGGGAUUGGAAUAAUUAGCAAUCUUCCAAUUGGCAAUAAAAAAGCAACAGAUAUACUGAAGAAAUAUGACUUGCUGCCCAUUCUAAUUUCUAUAAUGAGUUCAGUUGAAUCGAGUUCAGCACCAACAACAAGCUGGCUAAUGGAGCGUGUUUCAGACAUAUUUAUUCGCUUUACUGUUCCUUCUGACAAGAAACUACAGCUUUUUUCUGCAGAAUUAGGGAUGAUACCUUUGCUUGUGAAGCUGCUCUCAAUUGGGUCAUUAGGUGCCAAGUGUAGAGCUGCAACCUCACUAGCUCAACUAUCUCAGAAUUCACUAGCUCUAAGAAAGUCCAGAAAAACGAGAUGGACUUGUAUGCCUUCUUCUGGCGAUGCUUUCUGUGAAGUCCAUGAUGGCUAUUGCAUUGUUAAAAGCUCAUUUUGUUUAGUCAAGGCUGGUGCUGUCUCUCCUCUGAUUAAAGUACUGGAAGGCGAAGAUAGGGAAACUGAUGAAGCUGUUCUUGGUGCACUUGCAACUCUUGUGCGAGAUGAAAUCUGGGAGAGUGGAAGCAACUACUUGGCCAAGAUGUCAGUUUUUCAAGGGCUAAUCAAAGUGUUGGAAUCAGGAAAUGUAAAGGGCCAAGAAAAAGCACUGUGGAUACUGGAGAGAAUCUUUAGAAUUGAGGAACACAGAAAACAAUUCGGUGAGUCUGCACAAGUGGUGCUCAUUGAUCUUGCACAAAAUGGCGAUCUGAGACUAAAGUCAGCAGUUGCCAAAGUUUUGGCACAAUUAGAGCUGCUGCAAGCUCAGUCAAGUUACUUCUGAGCGAAUUUAUAUAGUGUGAGAAUGUGUGCAUACAAUUUUGUUUUAUACUUUCAUAUUCAUCGUUGUUGUAUAAUUCUCAGUUCAAUCAUUCAUUUCUUCUUUUUUUUUUUUUUCCUUCGAUUCAUCAUAUACUAUUUUGUACAAAACAGAGGAAGAUGUUUGUUCUUUUCUGCAUUGUAUUUAUGGCUAGCAAAGUAAUAUAUAAAAAGAGGAAAUAUUCUUGCACCUUCA